AUGAUCGGAAGAUUUGUUGGCAGUGGCGACUGUGACUCUCGUUCUGAUACAGGAACCUGUCCAUCUCUUAGAUGUUCUACGGCCUGUCGCUACGGAUACGUCCCUGAUGACAACGGAUGCCAAACGUGCGAGUGCCUGAAUGCCUGCGUGACGGGUUGUGGAGGGGAACAAAUAUGCGCUAUGACUGAUCUGGGCUCGUCUACGACUACAUGCACGUUUCCGUUCAAACUAUGUUGUCCUCCACAAAAGACGCUGAUUAGUCCUUUUUAUCCGUUGAACUACUGCAGUAAUUGCUUCCCUGGAUGUUAUAAAGCUCUGUGUCCACCGGGAAAAAAGUGCUGUCCCGACUAUUUCGGAUGUCCUAUAUGCAUUUGGCCAAUACCCUGCACCAUUCUGAGUAAGUUGGAAGCCACAAGGUUGUGA